UCAACAACUCUCCUCUCCAUCACCCUUUCUCACAUCCAACCAUUCGAAAUGGCCUCCAGAAUUGUCGCCCCCAAGAUGGCCCAGAUGGCCGCCCGCCCUGCCUUCCGCGCUGUCCAGCCCAAGGUCGCCCAGCGCGCCUUCUCUGGUCUCCGCCAGGCCACCCUCGUCCGCCCCCAGACCGUCUCCAUGGUCCAGAAGCUCGCCCCCGUCUCCCGCCGUGCCUACUCCUCUGAGAUGGCCAACGCCCUUGUUCAGGUCUCCCAGAACAUUGGUAUGGGUAACGCUGCUAUCGGUCUCGGUGGUGCCGGUAUCGGUAUCGGAUUAGUGUUCGCUGCUCUCCUCCAGGGUGUUGCCCGUAACCCCUCUCUCCGUGGCCAGCUCUUCUCCUACGCCAUUCUUGGUUUCGCUUUCGUUGAGGCCAUCGGUCUCUUCGAUCUCAUGGUUGCCAUGAUGUGCAAGUACGUGUAAACGUCUUCACCUCUGCAAUGAGCGAUGUCUAUUGGGGAGUUCAAAGUCAGCCCCGGUCAUGGAAACCAAAACAUCGACGUGUACAUUAUUUUCUAUUGACGCCCGGAGGAAUGAAUUGUGGAAGGAAGACGACGACAUGGCCAGGAUACGACGGGGCUACUUCAAGACUUUCUUAAAAACAAACAAGAAAAUCCUCUACUCAUACAUUGGGGAGGGCUUUUGAAUGGAAACGCCUAUCCUGACCAUACCAC